AUGAAGGAGGUCAACCCCGACGAGCAGGACCAUUGGAGUGGAACACCAUUAUGCAUUGCAGCACAAUACGGGCAUCUAGAGGUAGUCAAGUUGUUGCUUGCCACCAAGCGGGUGAAUCCAGGUCAUCGAGACAGCUUGGGAGAGACCCCGGCCAUCAAAGCAGCAGCAGGAAGGUAUGAGAAAAUAGUGAUGUUACUACUCAAUACUGAAGGUGUCGAUCCUCAUUCCCAGAAUAAUCAUGGCUGGACCAUCCUGUCAUGGGCGAUAGUACGUGGUCUGCAACAGGUAGUCGAAUUCCUGCUUGCUACCCCGGGAAUUGACCCAGAUCUUAGAGACUCUGAAGGAUUUACUCCAUUGUCCAGAGCAGCAGGGGCUGGAAGAAAGCAAGUAGUCUCACUACUGCUCGGCACGGGAAAGGUGAACCCCAAUUCUCUAGCCAAUUGCCGAGAGACACCGCUGUCCAUCUCCGCAAACUAUGGCUAUGCGGCAAUCGUCAAGAUGCUUAUUACCGCAGGUGCAAACAUCCAUACUCGAGACGACAUGGGAGCGACGGCACUCAUGUAUGGCGCGAAAUCCGGAAAUCUGGAACUCGUCGAAGCGCUUCUUGCUGCAGGUGCAGACAUUCACGUCCGAAAUAAUGACGGUGCGACUGCCCUCAUAUAUGCUGCGGAAUACGGAAAGCUCAAAAUUGUUGAAACACUUCUGGCUGUAGGUGCAGAUGUUCACAUUGCAGAUAACGUUGGAGCGACAACACUCAUACACGCUGUUGGAUCCGGAAAUGUGAAAGUGGUUGAAGCGCUUGUUGCUGCAGGCGCAGAAAUCAAUAUGGGAGAUAACUGGAGACAAACACCACUUUUUUACUCUGUACUGCAUAGAAGCUGGGAGGUUCUUAGCUUCCUUAUUGCUAAAGGUGCAGAGAUUGACAUCCAAACUACUGAUGGGGAGACAGCACUCACUCAGGCUUCGAGUUAUGGAUAUGAUGUGAAAAUAGUUAAAGCGCUUAUUGCUGCAGGAGCAGGACUGGACAUCAGAGUCAACAGCAGUGAUGAAUAUGGAGGCACACCCCUUCUGAAUGCGGUUAAUUGUAAGGCGGAAGUAGUGGUUGAAGCUCUGCUUUCUGCAGGCGCCAUGCCUGAUAUCGGGAAUAGCCGAGGACAGACCCCCCUUGCGAGGGCAGCCGUGGAGGGACAUGCGAAGAUAUUUAGGCUUCUAUUAGAAGCAGGAGCAAAUCCACAUAUUGCCGAUCGUGAAGGAUGGACUCCGUUGGCAUACCUAUUACGAUUUCGUCAGGACAAUGUCCAACUUUUCAAAUUACUUCUUGCUGCGGGUGUGAAUGUUAAUGUCAAAACCGAGGAUGGAUGGACGCCAUUGGCGCUAGCAGCUAACUGCGGUAAUCUGGAGGCGGUAAAGAAGUUACUUGCAGCGGGGGCAGACCCAAACUCUGGAACACCCCUAACAAAAGCAGCGUUUCACGAACACCUAGAGAUUGUGAAAACACUUCUUGCCGCAGAAGGCAUCGAUACGGAUUUGAAGGGUAGUGACUGGCUGCCAGCGCUGUGGAUAGACAGACAGCCGGGCUAUUCAAGAGCGGCGGACUUGAUACAUCAGCACAGAAUGCGUAAAGAUAUGGUUUAA